GCUGGCCUCAAACUUGAGAUCUGCUUGUCUCCUGCGUGCUGGGAUUGAAGGCGUGUAGUGCUCUGCCUGGCCGGGCUUUUUAUUAAGGCAGGGUAUCACCUAGGCUGACCUAUAAUUCACUGUGUGGCUUAGUUGGCCUUGAACUCACAGCACUCCUCUUGACCACGCCCCAUGUGCCUUCAUAGGGAAGAAACUCAGGAUAUGUAGCUCCUUUAAGGCUACACAACUUGGACUGAAUCAUUGUAUAGACCUGAACACAAAGCUCAAACUCAACCAGUCUUUUCUCUGACUGGAUAGAAUAAGGCCUGGGUCUCCCAAGUCAGGCACUCGUUAGGUCCCAGGUAGAGCUGACUGCUCACUGCUGAGUUGGGCGGUGGGUCCGGGAACUGGGAGUGUAAUUCUGCUACGAAGUGUUUUGUUUUGUUAGCGCUUGUGUGAUACACAGACAGGGAAAGGAAGGAGUGAGUGUGUAUCAAAACUGCCUUCUCAGGUAGUUCAGCACCAUUACCCAGCCCAUCCCUUCUCAUCUGUUCUAAAUGAUGACACUUAGUAGUUAGUGACCAUUGGCAGUCAAAGUUUAAGGACAGGCACAAGCUAUGUAAUGUCUUGAGCCAGAUCACAAGACAGAAAAUUGGAACAGAACUACAUAAAGCACGAUCUGAGAUUUUCUGUCCAGCCCACAGGGUGGAGUUUAGUCCAUUCCUCUCCAUCAUCCUGAAUAUAAGCCUGCCACAAUGUCAGACACAGAUGAGCUCUCAGGACUGGGGCAGCUCAGCAUCAGCCAUGAAUCUCAAGGUGCUGCUGGUGCUUCUGGGGCUGUCUUUCCUUACUGUCUUUGCUCUGGCCUAUGUCCUGCUGACCAGGCAAGGCAGUUCAAGCCAGUCUCCUCGAUGCCCUUCCAUACCUCCCAGAAUUCAUACCUGGACACACGCUAGCCAGAGCCAGCUGUUUGCAGAUCUGAGCCCCGAGGAGCUGACAGCUGUGAUGAGCUUUCUGACCAAGCACCUGGGGCCAGGGCUGGUGGAUGCAGCCCAGGCUCGACCCUCGGACAACUGUGUCUUCUCAGUGGAGUUGCAGCUGCCUGCCAAGGCUGCAGCCCUGGCCCACCUGGACAGAGGGGGGCCCCCACCUGUGCGAGAGGCACUGGCCAUCAUCUUCUUUGGUGGACAACCCAAGCCCAAUGUGAGUGAACUGGUGGUGGGGCCCCUGCCUCACCCCUCCUACAUGCGGGAUGUGACUGUGGAGCGUCAUGGUGGCCCUGUGCCCUAUCACCGGCGCCCCAUGCAGAAAGCUGAGUUUGUUCAGAUAUGGAGACAUUUGAAAGAACUGGAGCUACCGAAGGCACCCACCUUUCUGGCUUCUGUCUUGAACUACAAUGGCUCCACCCUGGCACCUUUGCACUCUACUGCUGCUGGUCUGCAUGCAGGCGAGCGGGUGACCUGGAUAGCCCUCUACCAUAAUAUCUCAGGUCUUGGAGUGUUCCUUCACCCUGUGGGGCUGGAGCUACUGUUGGACCACGGGGCCCUGGACCCUGCCCACUGGGUAGUCCAACAGGUCUUCUACCUUGGGCAUUACUAUGCAGACUUGGCCCAGUUAGAAUGGGAGUUUAAAGCUGGCCGCCUAGAAGUGGUUCAGGUCCCUCUACCCACACCAGGUGGGGCUUCCUCCCUGAGGCCUAGAGUUACUCCAGACCCUCCUCUUCCCCCUCUUCAGUUCUCACUCCAGGGUCCCCAGUAUAACAUACAGGGAAACUCAGUGACAUCUCCCCUCUGGACAUUUACCUUUGGUCAUGGGGUGUUCAGUGGCUUAAGAAUUUUUGAUAUUAGGUUCAAGGGUGAGCGUGUGGCUUAUGAAGUCAGUGUCCAGGAGUGUCUGACAGUUUAUGGUGCUGAUUCCCCCAAAACAAUGACCAUCCGAUACUUGGACAGCAGCUAUGGGCUUGGUCUAAACAGCCGAGCUUUGGUUCGGGGGGUGGAUUGCCCCUAUCAAGCCACAAUGGUGGACAUCCAUGUACUGGUGGGCACGGGGUCAGUCCAGCUGCUUCCAGGGGCUGUGUGUGUAUUUGAGGAGGCCCAGGGACUGCCCCUUCGAAGGCAUCACAAUGGCAUCGGGGGUCAUUUCUAUGGUGGUUUGGCCAGUUCAAGUCUUGUGGUCAGGUCGGUGUCAUCAGUGGGCAACUAUGAUUACAUCUGGGACUUUAUGCUGCACCCAAAUGGGGCCCUUGAAGCGCGUGUCCAUGCCACGGGCUAUAUCAACACAGCCUUCAUGAGUGGAGGAGCUGAAAGUCUCCUCUUCGGGAACCGUGUGGGGGAGAGAGUGCUGGGAGCGGUGCACACACACACUUUCCACUUCAAACUGGACCUUGAUGUGGCAGGUCUGAAAAACUGGGUUUUAGCUGAAGAUGUGGUCUUUAAGCCUGUAGCAGCCCCCUGGAACCCAGAGCUUCAGCUACAGCGCCCACAGCUGACCAGGCAGGUCCUGAGCAGGGAGGACCUGGCUGCAUUUCCCUGGGAGAGCCCUCUUCCUCGAUACCUUUACCUGGCUACCAACCAGACCAAUGCCUGGGGUCACCAGCGAGGGUACCGAAUCCAGAUCCACAGCCCUGCUGGUGUGCAUGUACCUUUGGAGAGCGACGUGGAGAGGGCUCUCAGCUGGGGGAGGUACCAGCUUGUGGUGACCCAGAGGAAGGAAGCAGAGCCCCACAGCAGCAGCAUCUAUUACCAGAAUGACAUGCGGAGCCCGACUACGGUCUUUGCUGACUUCAUCAACAAUGAAACCCUCUUAGGGGAGGAUCUGGUGGCUUGGGUGACAGCCAGUUUCCUGCACAUCCCCCAUGCUGAGGACAUCCCCAACACAGUGACUGUGGGAAACAGAGUGGGCUUCUUGCUCCGACCCUACAAUUUCUUCAAUGAAGAUCCCUCCAUCUUCUCCCCUGGCAGCGUGUACUUUGAGAGGGACCAGGAUGCGGGGCUCUGCGGCAUCAACCCUGUGGCCUGCACCCAACAGCUGGCAGGCUGUGUCCCCAACCUGCCCUCCUUUUCCUAUGAAGGCUUAUAGGCCUGAGGCCGUGGUGAGGCCCCAGGACAGGAGGAUGGAAUACAGGUUGGAGAGAUGGCUCAGUGGUUAAGAGAACUCGACUGCUCUUCCAGAGGUCCUGAGCAACCGCAAGGUGGCUCACAACCAUCUGUAAUGGGAUCUGAUGCUCUCUUCGGGUGUGUCUGAAGACAGCUACAGUGUACUCAUAUACAUAAAAUAAAUCUUAAAAAAAA